ACAAUUAUAAAUCAAAACACGAGUUUUAUCCAAAAAUCUUGUGUCGCCCUCUUGAUUAUUACGGUAUGUUUUAAUUUUUUACAAUUUUGAGUCUUGUUUAUUCUUCUUACUUGCUGUCAUCUCUUGCUCAAACCUUACAAGGAACUAGGCAAACAGAAAAUCCCUUCGAUUAUAUAAUGGGGAGAAAACCUAAGCAGUAAUGAACACUGCAUGUCUGCAUGGUUCAUUUUUGGCUGAAACUAAUAAAACUAGAAAUGUGACCCAGCUUAUUGGUCGGUAGGGUACAUGAUUGUAGCUGCAGAUAAAACCCAAGCAAUACCAAACAAUACAACACCUGGUAUUUGCAUUCUUUGAGUGUUUUGGUUUCUUAGUUAGAGUUGAAUACUCACUUGCUUCCACAAAUGCGACAAAGCUCUACUAUAACUUAUCCAUCCCCGAAGGCGAGCAAUUGACAAAGAGGUCAAUUGCAACCGAUAAGGGGAAGAUCCAUGGUGGGCGAAUUGGCAAUUCAAAACCGGAAAAGUAUUUUGGAAUUACUGGAUGCUGUAUGGGAUCCCAAAACACAGGAGAACAACAUCUUCAGUUGCAGAGCUACUAUCCAAAGUAUCCUUGACCUAUGGUCCUACUCAUCCUGUGAAAAGUGCAGCAAGAAGGUAGAGAUAUGUGGCAAUAAGACAUGGUGCACAACAUGUCAAAUGGAGGUCACAGCGGUGCCUAGGUACCGUCUAGAAAUGGAGGUGCAGGAUUCCACAGGCACCACUAGCUUUGUAGCAUUUGACAGAGAGGUGGAAAACUUGGUCCUGGCCGCCCCCGCCACAGCCAUGUCGAAGAUAGAGCAGGGAGAUCAUCCUGCAAAGGAAUUUGAAACCCUUUAUCUGCACCAUCAGCUGGAAUUCCAGAUCAAGCUUACUGAAUUUAACAUGAAACAGCAAGUCAAAACCUUCACUGCCCAAAAAAUGUUCCAAAUACAUAACAGUGAAGUUAAAGGUGCAGAAAUGAUGAACUCUGAACCAAAUAGUCAGGAAAUGAAAGACACUGACAGGAUCAGCGUUGAAGAAAUGGAAACCAAAGGGAAACCGGUGUCAACUAGUGAUGCAGAAAGCACUGAGCUCAAGAAUUCCCGGACCUACAAACAUAUUCUCAGUACUAUCAAGACCGAAGAAAAGAGCCCCGAAUGUGAAGGGAACCCACCAAAAUAGCUGUGCGUCAGACAGAUAAAGGCUGAAGAAUGAGCAUACGACCCUUCUCUAUUUGGUUGCAUUUUUUCUUAUAUCCAGUUGUAUUGUACUUCUUCUUAUUUUCUGUCAUUUUUUCAGAAAUUUUGGGGGGCCCCACGGCCACCCCAAGUCCAACCCCAAAGUCACUGGGUCUCGGACUCUUUAAAUAACAGUCCCACCAAAAUCAAUUUAUAUUGAUAAAAAUUCAAUCAUAAUCUGCGCAAUCCCUUUUUCAUUUCUUAGUUUAAGCAAUGAUGCAACAUACUGCUACAACAUCACCUAGAUCUACAAAUUUCUGCAUCUCAAUUUACAAAAAUAAUGUAACCAAAUUUUCGAACAAUAAUGUCCCGUGUUUAUUCAAUAGGUUGAAGUUUCACUCAGUUUAUUGUGUUUUUCCUGGUUUAAAGAGAGAAUUGCAAGCUAAUUACAAGAGAGAUUUACUUAGUCUGGUUCCUAAAGUCUCUAACACGGGAUCACACCAUCAGGAUACUCACAGUGAUGAUGAUGAGAUUACUGAAGUGUGGGAAGAGGGAAGAAUCCUCGAUUUUAUCGAUGAUGUAGAGAAAAAGGGUGAGUGUUUAGACAAUGAUAGCUUAAUAUCAAUCAUUCAAGCAUGUGUCGAAUCUAAUUCAAUAGUAUCUGGAAGAAGAAUCCUUGAUUACGUUAUGGGUUCUUCAAGAAAAUCUAUUAUUAGUAGUGUUAUCUUCGUGGAAAUGUGUUGUGUAUUGGGUAGUGUUGAUGAUGCUCUUAGAGUGCUCGAGGAAAUGCCUGAACGAAAUUUGAAUUCUUGGAAUAAUGUGAUUAUGAGUUUUGCUGAAAGUGGGAGAGCUGAAGAAGUUUUUAGGGUCUUUGAUGAGAUGAAGAAAAAUGGGUUUGAGCCGGAUGAGUUAAGUUUUACAGGAGUUUUGCUUGGUUGCCAAAGCAUAGGAGCAUUGGCAGAAGGAAUAACAUAUUUGGAAUCAAUGGAGAAGGAUUAUGGGAUUACUCCUUUAAUGGAACAUUAUGCAAUCAUUGUUGAGCUUCUUGGAACAAUGGGGAAGAUCGAUGAAGCGGAGGCUUUUAUCAAUGUCGUAGUGCCAAGUGAAGAAAGUAACAUAUUGUGGGAGACUCUAAGAAAGUACUCUACAACUGGCUCAAAUCAAUCGACUGAUAGGAGUUAUGUUGGUUUGAAUCAGAGCAAGAAGAGAUCAAAGAACAAUGUGACCUCGAAGCAAAACAGCGGAACAUCGUCAGUACCGAAAAUACCUUUUGUUGCUUAUAAAUUGUUCAAAAGAAUUCACAAUCUCAACUUGAAGGGGAAAAAAGAAACGGUAGUAACUUGGUCCCGAGCAUCUACCAUUAUACCCACAAUGGUCGGCCAUACAAUCGCUGUUCAUAAUGGAAGGGAGCAUCUGCCUAUUCAUAUUAUAGAGCGUAUGGUGGGUCACAAAUUGGGAGAAUUUGCACCUACUCGUACUUAUCGGGGACAUAGUGGAAAAACUAGAGAUGCUAAAUCCCGUAAAGGCUGAGUGACGAGUCACGAAACAAAGGAAGAUUGAUCUCAUUGGUAUACAUUUUGACAGGUUACUGUUUUCAUAUGAGCUUGUUAGUACACCAGAAGGAAUUGUUUUGUAACCUAAGCGUUGUAGCUAAAAAUUCUGCAUCUUCUGGUUCUUCUCUGCAAUAUUUUGUUCAAGACUAGCAGACAACAGUUCCUUUGUACUUCUGUGUUCCUGGUAAAAUGUUUGACAA